AUGAUACUAUACCAAAACAUUUUACGUGAUGAUCCAACACUUGGUGGUAUACUUAAUCUUCUUGAAUCACUUUUUGAUCAAGCAAAAAUAAAUGAACAAGAUUUUGAUUAUUUAAUUCAUGCAUUCAAUGAAAUACAUUGUUAUGAAGGCAUAGAAGCUAUUCUAUAUGGUGAAAGACUUGGUAGUGAUCAAUUUGAUAAUGCAAUUAAUAAUUCAUUGAUUUUAAACGAUAAUUAA